UCCAUGCUUUCUUUCUUCUUCAACCUUAAUUUGCCUUGCAUUCACAUCCAUCACUGUAAAAUUCAACUCCCCUCCCGUUGUUUUUUCUAUUUUUCUUCCUAAUUUCUUAUCUGCGAAACUUCAAACUGCUAAGAAAGAUUCUCGGGUCGGGGAGAAGUUUUAUGGUUGUGCAUUGUGGCCUGAUUCAGAUUUUAAGUUUUUCAAGUGGGAGAGGGAAUUGAUGAAGUUGAACAAUGAAACUGGAAGAAUUGAAUGGCUAGAACAAGAAAAUGCUAUGUCGAUGGAUAAAAUACAGAAACUCAAGCUCAAAAACCAAGAAAUAGAAGAAAAUAUUGCUUUGAUGAAGAUUGAAGUACAUCAGAGGACGGAAUGUGUGGCCUAGACUUGAACAACUCUAGUAAUUACUCGACACACUAUGAAGCCUUGAACUGUUUAUUUGACUCCAUGUUUCUCGGACAAGCAACUAUGAAUUUUCGUUGAACUGAAACGGCCAAGAAAAACAUCUGCCCAAAUACCUUAUUAAUUAUGGCAAAUAAAGGAAACAUUGGAGACAAAAGCAAGAACCCAUUAUCCGUAUUCAUCUUAUUUGGAUUAUGUUGCUUCUUUUAUCUAUUGGGUUCAUGGCAACGUAGUGGUUUUGGCAAAGGAGAUCACAUUGCAGUGCAAGUAAACAAACAAACAGAUUGCAGUGUUUUAACUGAUCUAAACUAUGAAACCAAACAUGGUGAAAAACCCAUUUAUGAAUUCAAGAAAUUCGAACCAUGUCCUGAUCGUUUCAUUGAUUACACACCUUGCCAAGACCAGGCGCGAGCCAUGACAUUUCCUAGGGAGAAUAUGAAUUAUAGGGAAAGACAUUGUCCUCCUGAGAAUGAGAAGUUGAAUUGUCUAAUACCGGCUCCAAAGGGUUAUGUAAGUCCGUUUCCAUGGCCUAAGAGUCGCGAUUAUGUACCUUAUGCUAAUGCACCUUACAAGAGUUUAACAGUUGAGAAGGCGGUGCAGAAUUGGAUACAAUAUGAGGGUAGUGUGUUUAGGUUCCCUGGUGGAGGAACACAGUUUCCUCAAGGUGCUGAUGCUUAUAUCAACGAUUUGGGUUCUGUUAUUCCUUUGGAUAAUGGGAUGAUUAGAACUGCACUUGAUACUGGUUGUGGGGUUGCGAGUUGGGGAGCAUACUUGUUAAAGAAGAAUGUGCUAGCUAUGUCCUUUGCACCGAGAGAUUCACAUGAAGCACAGGUUCAGUUUGCUCUCGAGAGAGGAGUUCCUGCUAUUAUCGGUGUUUUAGGAACUAUAAAGCUUCCUUUCUCCCCUAGAUCAUUUGAUAUGGCUCAUUGUUCUAGGUGUUUGAUUCCAUGGGGUGCAAAUGAUGGAAUGUACAUGAUGGAAGUGGAUAGAGUUCUUAGACCUGGAGGCUACUGGGUACUCUCUGGUCCACCCAUCAAUUGGGAGAAUAACUAUGAAGCUUGGCAGCGAUCAAAGGAGGAUCUCGAAGAAGAACAAAGGAAAAUCGAGGAAAUUGCAGAACUUCUGUGCUGGGAGAAGAAAUCUCAAAAGGGUGAAAUUGCCAUUUGGAGAAAAAGAGAGCACUGCAGGGAGCGGAUUUCGCGUGUUACCAUGUGUGAUAGACAAUAUGUCACUGAUGUCUGGUACAAGAAGAUGGAGGCAUGCAUCACUCCCUACCAAGAAACUAGUGCUACCGAUGUAAUUUCUGGAGGAGAGUGGAAGACGUAUCCCGACAGACUCAAUGCUACCCCUAGUAGAAUUGCGAGUGGCUCGAUUUCAGGAGUUACUGUAGAAUGCUAUCAGGAUGAUAUCAAACUCUGGCUAAAGCACGUAACUCAUUAUAAAAGGGUAAAUAAACUGCUUCAUACUGGAAGGUAUCGCAACAUCAUGGAUAUGAAUGCUGGUCUAGGAAGCUUUGCCGCGACACUUGACUCCCCCAAACUGUGGGUUAUGAAUGUUGUGCCCACUAUUGCUAAGGAUACUCUAGGUGUUAUUUAUGAAAGGGGUCUCAUAGGCAUCUAUCAUGACUGGUGUGAAGCCUUCUCCACAUACCCUAGGACUUAUGAUCUGAUACAUGUUCAUGGUCUUUUCAGUUUGUACAAGAACAAGUGUAAUGCAGAAGAUAUCCUUCUGGAAAUGGACAGAAUCUUGAGACCCGAGGGAGCAGUGAUAUUUCGAGAUGAAGUAGAUGUUCUAAUGAAGGUGAAGAGAAUAACAGCCGGGAUGAGGUGGAAUACCAAAAUGGUAGACCAUGAAGAUGGUCCCCUCUCUUCCGAGAAGGUUCUGUUUGCUGUCAAACAGUACUGGGUUGCCGUUGACAACAAUGCCACCUCUGUCUAAGACUGGUAGAUCGGAGGAAGAGGUCGAUGAAAAAUCAAAGAUGAAUCUCGCUGGAAAAGUAUAGUACUUGUCGCCGCUAAGGCAAGACCUGAAGACUCUCAAUGUCAUAUUCAUGAGUUUCAAUCACCACAUUUACAUUCCGUAUUUAUGGCGUGCAAGAUCACUUUAUAAAUUGGCCCUAUUCUUAUAUGAAUGGCUCGUAUUUUUCUACUCUUUGCUCACCACUUGUUUUAAUCUAUCAUGUC